UUUUCACUUUGGCCCAUCUUGGUUUCUAGGCUAAGCUUGGACUAUUUUCUGACGAAUGUGCAAUUAACCGACAAAGCCUAGAGAUCGACGUGGGGGCAGAACAUGCGAAAAAAGACACGAAUCUCAUGCAAACCACUGGGGCCUUUUAUCAAACAUCUGGCGUUCAAUUCCACGCGUCCACUCUUCCAUCUCCUUAAAUUCAAACACCUUUCUCUCACUUUCACCUCCCCAUUUCGAUCUCUCUGUUCUUCCACUCAAAUCUCCACCAUGGCAGACCAGCAGCUGAAACAACAAGACCCCACUCAAGGCAUCAAAAGUCUACUCCCUGAGCAGGGUAUUUCCAAAACCCACAUUCUUGCAGCCGUCACUCUCAUCCCCGUCGGUGGCUUCCUUCUCUUUCUCGGAGGCUUGGCGCUUCUCGUGACUUUCAUUGGCCUUGCUUUAGCGACUCCGGUUUUCGUGAUAUUUAGCCCCAUUUUGGUGCCGGCAGGUAUGGUAACUGGGUUGGCAUUAAUUGGAUUUUUGACGGCAGGAGCGCUUGGGAUCACGGCGAUGUCUUCUCUGUCGUGGCUGGGGAACUUUAUCAGAAGAUUACGCAAGCCGGCAGAUAAGAUGGACCAGGCGAAGCGGCGUGUGCAAGAUACGGCUGGUCAAAUGGGGUCAAGGGCUAAGGAAACGGGGCAGAGUAUUCAGGGCAAGGUCCAAGAAGUUGCAAAGACCCUUGAAGGUCAAAAGACAUGAUCUCAUUCUCAGCUGAGGGUCGGAAUCUAAACCGCAGACCCAUCUUAUUUAUCUGUUUGUAACAUCUUAAUUCAGGGGUUUUGUGAGUAUUUAUGUAUUAUUAUACGAGGUGACCAUGAGCGUGGUGCAACAAUGUAAUAAAGAGAGUAGUACUAGAGAAGCACUGGAUACUGGUUUGACACCUUUGUGUGUGUGU